UGAUCUACUGCGCGAUCCAGCAGUUAAGGCUGGAUUCCCACCUCCGGCUGUUUCUAGAGUGCAUAACUCAGGAAUAUUAUUCGUCAAGGUAUCAGAAUUAUUAAAAAUUCAGUGACGAAACCAUUAUCGUUGAAUUUCGGUCAUGAGUGCGACAGAGGCUGUUAACAAUGGGGAGGGGCCUGAGCCCUCGAAGAAGGCGCUGAAGAAGCAGCAGAAGGAGGCGGAAAAAGCAGCCAAGAAGGCCGCUCAUAAAGCACAAACCGCACAAGAGCCUGUGGAGGAUGCUGAGGACAUAUCCGUGGGUCGUUAUGGACAACUGGGUCUUAUCCGGAGUGCCGAAACCCACGAGGACCGAAAAUUCGUAGAUGUUAAGGAUCUGGAGCCUCAGAUCAAAGAUCAAACUGUGUGGUUGAGAGGGAGGCUGCACACAAGUCGAGCAAAAGGGAAACAGUGUUUCAUCGUCAUCAGACAACAAUCCUCCACUGUCCAGGGUCUGGCCGCUGUUAACGAACGAAUCAGCAAACAGAUGAUAAAAUUUAUUUCAAACAUCUCGAAAGAGUCGAUUAUCGACAUAAAAGCUCUUGUCAAGACAGUUCCGUCGAAAAUAGAGUCUUGCACUCAGAAAGAUGUUGAGGUUCAUAUCGAUGAACUCUAUGUUGUCAGUGCAUCAAAACCCCAAUUGCCUCUGCAGAUCGAGGACGCGGCUAGACCAGAAAAUGACGAUACUGGGCUUCAAAUCAAAGUUAAUCAAGAUACGAGGCUUGAUAACAGGAUUCUAGAUCUUCGUACUCCUGCUAAUCAGGCGAUUUUCAGGGUUGAAGCCGGUGUUUGUAAAUUGUUUCGUGAUAUACUGACGAAUAAGGGCUUUGUUGAGAUUCACACCCCGAAAAUAAUCUCCGCAGCCAGUGAGGGUGGUGCCAAUGUCUUUACCGUCUCAUAUUUCAAGGGUUCGGCUUAUCUGGCUCAAUCUCCUCAACUUUAUAAGCAAAUGGCAAUUGCUGCUGAUUUUGACAAAGUUUUUACUGUUGGUGCAGUUUUUAGAGCAGAGGACUCUAAUACCCACAGACACCUGACGGAAUUCGUGGGGCUCGACCUGGAGAUGGCAUUCAAGUAUCACUACCAUGAGGUAGUGGACACGAUUGGUCAAAUGUUCACGGAAUUAUUCAGAGGGCUUCAGGAAGAUUACGCCGAUGAGAUAGCAGCUGUUCGUCAGCAGUACAAGGUCGAGCCAUUCCGUUUCUUGGACCCUCCUCUGAAGCUCGAGUUUCCCCAAGCGAUAAAAUUGCUAGCAGAGGCUGGGGUUGUCUUAGGGGAGGAGGAUGAUUUGUCGACUCCUGAUGAGAAAUUACUGGGGAAGCUGGUCAAAGCUAAAUAUGACACCGAUUUCUACAUCCUGGAUAAAUAUCCACUGGCUGUGAGACCGUUCUAUACGAUGCCAGAUCCCAAUAACGCGAAAGCCUCGAACUCAUACGACAUGUUCAUGAGAGGAGAGGAAAUAAUAUCUGGAGCUCAACGUAUUCACGAUCCUGAUUUUUUGACUGAAAGGGCUAAACAUCAUGGAAUUGAUAUCGAGAAGAUAAAGGCAUAUAUCGACGCCUUCAGAUACGGAUGUCCACCCCACGCAGGUGGUGGAAUUGGAAUGGAACGAGUGGUGAUGCUCUAUCUAGGCCUCGACAACAUCAGAAAGGUUUCCAUGUUCCCUCGUGACCCUAAACGCAUCACUCCAUAAUGGGCCAGUGAAAAAUCGUUUAAAAAUUGCACUUUUUCUAAUUACAAUUCAAUGCAAUAAUGCAUGAGCAUCAAUAAAAAAUUGUAAAAAAAACUAUUGAUAAAAUGACUUUCUACCCAA